UUAGCACCUUCACCAGUCGACUCGGCUCACCUGUUAGUCAGUCAGUCAGUGUGAUGCUACGUCCCGAGUAGUAGAUGAGAGAUCCGCACUGGCACCUUAAUUAUCGUUGUUAUUGUUGUUGUUAUGGGGGUCAAUCGACCUGGAAUGGGCAUCACAAGCCCUACAAAGAUUAUCGCUAAUAUAUUCGUCUCCUUUAUUGGUGCCGGAAUGCUCGGAUUGCCCUUUGCCUUCAAAGAAUCUGGUAUUAUGGAGGGUGCCCUAAUAAUGGCUAUAGUUGGAUACCUUAGUGUAGCAGCUAUGUUGAUGCUGAUUGACUGCAAGUAUGCCAUUUUAUCGUCUGGUGGAAGAGCUGGUGGACGUUCAAUUAUAAUGGAUACAAAGGUACCAUUAAUACCUCCAGAUUCUUCUGAUGAUGAAGAUGAAGAUGAGCGACAUCCUCCGACUCCAUCCACAGACCUUACUUAUGGGGAUGUUGGCCUAUAUGCUUUUGGACCUGGUGGUAAAAGACUUGUUGACAUAGCUGUUGUCAUUUCACAAAUAGGUUUCUGUUGUGGUUAUCUGAUUUACCUCUGUAAGAAUCUUAAUGUGUAUAUCCCGCAAGUUAGUCAACGUGUCUGGCUGUUGUUACUUAUACCACCAUUGUACUUGCUCACACUCCUACGACAUCUCAACAAAUUGGCCGUUUUCAGUUUGUUUGCUCAGGUUUCAAAUGUAUUUGCUCUGGCAGUAGUAUUCUGGUUUGACUUCUCCCACUCUGAAAAGGUCCCCUUUCGACUAAAGGAGUUCUCCUUAGUUGGUUUUCCAUUCUUCUUUGCAGUGGCCAUCUACUGUUAUGAGGGAGCAGGAAUGAUUUUAUCUUUAGAAGAGUCUGUAGCAGAGAAUAAACGUGAAAAGUUCCGGCCCAUUUUUAUAUGUACCAUGACGGGACUGACGACACUGUACAUCUGUUUUGGAGUAUCAGGCUAUGCCUCUUUUGGACGCCCUCACACAAUAUCAUAA